UCACACUGCCACAUAUCCCCACAAUAACUCAUCACUCUCUCUCUCUCUCUCUCUCUCUCAGACACACACACACACAUGGCGCUCUGCAACUCUUUCCUCUUCCUUAUUCUCUUCUUCUUCACAACUCUCUGCUUCUCAACCCAAGAAGCCCAUGACCAAAAACCCUUUAAACCACCAUUAAAAAACUCACUCUCUCUCUCCUUUCCUCUCACCUCUGUUCCUCUCUCUUCUCAUCACUCUUCCUCAAUUUUCCUAUCAUCCAAACAACAAAACCCAAACUCCAAAACAUCAUACAGCUACAAAUCAUCAUUCAAGUAUUCAAUGGCUCUGAUCGUUUCUCUCCCCAUAGGGACCCCACCACAGACCCAACAGAUGGUGUUGGACACAGGAAGCCAGCUCUCUUGGAUUCAAUGCAACAAGAAAAUCCCCAGAAAGGUCCUGCCUCCAACGACGUCGUUUGACCCUUCUCUCUCCUCCUCUUUCUCUAUCCUCCCCUGUAAUCACCCUCUCUGCAAACCCAGAAUUCCUGAUUUUACCCUCCCAACUUCCUGUGACCAGAACCGGCUCUGCCACUACUCUUACUUCUACGCAGACGGUACCUUCGCUGAGGGCAAUCUCGUCAGGGAAAAAAUCACGUUCUCAAGUUCCCAAAGUACCCCACCCUUGAUCCUUGGAUGUGCUCAGGAUUCCGGUGAGGCCGAGGGUAUUUUGGGAAUGAAUCUUGGACGGUUCUCAUUUGCUUCCCAAGCUAAGAUCUCUAGAUUCUCUUACUGUGUCCCAAUCCGUCAAAACCAAGUCAAAACAAAGUCAACGGGAACGUUUUAUUUUGGUCAAAAUCCAAAUUCACAAACAUUCCAGUACGUUAAUCUGUUGACUUUCGAUCAAGGUCAACGCAUGCCCAAUCUUGAUCCCCUAGCCUACACCGUUGGAUUGGUGGGGAUGAGAAUUGGCGGGAAAAAGCUGAAUAUAUCGACGUCAGUUUUCCGGCCCAACGCCGGCGGUGCGGGUCAGACGAUGGUGGAUUCCGGCACGGAGUUCACGUUUCUGGUGGAUGAGGCUUACAACAAGGUGAGAGAAGAGGUCGUGAGGUUGGCGGGUCCCAAAUUGAAGAAGGGGUACGUUUACGGUGGAGCGCUGGAUAUGUGUUUUGAUGGUGAUGCGAUGGAGAUCGGGCGGUUGGUAGGAGAUAUGGUGCUGGAAUUUGAGAAGGGUGUGGAGAUUGUGGUUGAUCAUGGGCGGAGUUUAGCUGAUGUGGGUGGAGGGGUCCACUGUUUGGGGAUCGGACGGUCGGAUUUGCUCGGGGUUCCAAGUAACAUAAUUGGAAAUUUUCAUCAGCAAAAUCUCUGGGUAGAGUUUGAUCUCACCAAUCGUAGAGUGGGAUUUGGUAGAGCUGAUUGUAGCAAAUCAAUGUAAAAUUGUAUAUGUAUAUGCGUGUUGAUCAUGUAUAUAUAUAUAUAUAUAUAUAUUGUCCAGUGUAGAGAAGUUAAUGUAUCUAUAAUAAUUCUAGCAGCUUAGUCUUUGACAGA